AUCGAGCCGGCGAGUAGUGUCCAGUCGUAUGCACGGAUUAGGUUUUGAUCGUUCUCAGUGUUCCUUGUUGAUGCGAUUGAUGCAACUGGUGGGGUAGUAGUAGCUUGGUCCCUCGGGGUUGAUGCCUUGGUGUUUUUUCAUUCCAACUUCUGUAUUUGCACCCAAAUCAAUGAAGUUGAUUUUUUCUUACGUUGUGAUUUCAGUUUACAUUAGCUGUAAUGUCGCAAUAAGAGCCACCCAAUUGGCUCAGCUAAGGGAGAUUUGUGAUACCAUUCAAACACCCUUCGUGAUCAUAGGUUAUUUUAACGCUACUCUUCAUGCGAGCAAAAAAGAUGGCGGGCAUGAUUGGAAUGCGACCCAGUCCCUUAGUUUGCGUGACUUUAUUCUUGACCUUGGCCUUCAUGAUCAUGGGUAUCAGGGGGACCAAUUCACCUGGACAAACAGAAGAAUGGGUGCGGCUUGUAUCCGUGAGAGAUUGGACAGAGCGUUGUGUUCUCAGAGUUGGGUUAAUCGAUACCCUGACACCCUGGUCAAACAUUUCACGGAUCAGGGGUCGGAUCAUCGGGCUCUCCUCCUCUCGGAUAAGCCUUAUACCCGUAAUACUCGACCUCUAUUCAGAUUUGAUGCUCGUUGGGUUGAUAACCCGGAGGUCAAGGCGAUGGUCCAUUACGUCUGGCAAGAAGAUAUUCAGGAUACUCCAAUGUUCCAACUUUGGGAGCAGAUUAAGAAACUUCGCCAUCUUUUCUAUGAUUAGAGCAAGGCAGGUACGGCGAAUUCUCUACGUAAUAUUAAAACUCUCCAGGAUAAAAUCGAUCGGAUAAAAUCAAUCCACCCUAUUAACUAGGAUGAGAUCUAGCCCCUAGAAAUAGAGAUAAAUUGCCAAUGGGAGGCUGAGAAAAUUUAUUGGCAGCAAAAGUCUAGAGUCCGGUGGUUGAAAAAAGGUGAUAAGAAUACCUAAUAUUUCCAUACAGUUACUCGGACUCGACGAAAACGAAAAAUUUGUGGCUAUCCUUCGGAAUGACAGUGGUGACUGGAUUACUGAGGAAAAUGGGAAGGCAGAUAAUGCCAGUGUUUUUUAUCAAACUCUUUUCACCUCGGAGAACCAGGUGCAUAACACGGUUGAUCGAGUGGCUGAUCUUCCCAUUGCCCAUAGCAUUACUCUGAAAAUGAAUGCUAGUCUUACGG